CAGAUGCAGAGCGUUCGAGUUUGUCGCAUUUGUUCAACAUAUUCGCCCUGGGAAGUAAAUAGAAUGCGCGUGGGAGCAGCAAUUCUCUACUUAACGUGUCUGGCGAUAUCGUCGAACAUCGAAAAUGUCUCUUGCAUGGCCAAUACAAAAAUAAUUGGAGGACGAGCUGUACAUAUAAGACAGCGACCAUUCAUGUUGUCUUUGCACAAUUCUCACGGCUUCGUAUGCGGCGCCAGCAUACUGUCCCGAAAAUGGGGAAUCACCGCCCUCCACUGUGUGAUUUCAGAGGGGAUAACCGAUUAUUACGUGCGAGCCGGGUCGAACACGCCUUACGGGGGAUCGUUGCACAGGUUCACGAAGGUGUACGCGUAUAACGACACCACGUUUCCGUAUUGGUUUUCCAGCAUGUUCCAUCACGACAUCGCCCUCUUCAAAGUGUGGCCGAAUUUUCGUUUUUCGAGCUCGGUUCGACCUGUUCGAUUGCCGAGCGAGUUCAGCCAACCGCCUCCUAAACUGUACGUUUGUGGCUGGGGUUACAUUGAUUUUCGAAGCGAUGGCGACGCAACAGUCAGCAGGGUCCUGAUGGGUGUCUACGUUCGUCGCACGCCAUACGAAAUCUGCAUAAACGAGGCACCGGAGUACAAGCUACUGGUGAAAGAAGAACGACACAUCUGCUACGGACAACGCGGAAAGGAUUCCUGCUAUGGAGAUUCCGGAGGCCCUUUGGCUAGCAGAAACACCAUUUACGGCGUGGUAUCUUUCGGCCAAAAAUGUGGCGUAGUGUCAGGGGUUUACGCCAGAGUCUCCUACUAUCGAAGCUGGAUUAAGCGAGUCACGAAAUUGUAAGUGACCAACGAAGGAAAAGAAAUGGAACCAUCGUUUUUAAAAGUAUACAUUGUAAAUAUUUUCUCGAUGUGUAUUCGUGGGAAAUAAAUUUAAUAGAUAUGAAUUUAAGGGCACUGCAUUAAAGAAAUAAGGCUAUUGUUUUAAAAAGUGU